UAGAGGUGCACACAGAUUGGAGCGCUCACAGGGCUUAGCUGUAGUUAAUGUGAAUGAAGUAGCGGCUGGGACGAUGAACAUUAUUAUAAUGCAGAUCUUAUCAUAAAAUACUUUUUUUUAGAAAGACGGAAUUCAUUUUGUGGAUCCUCAUUGUUAUUAUUUAUCUAUAUAUUUUUUUUAUUUGUGUGCAUACAUUUUAAAAAAAUCACCUGCAUGAAAAAUUUUUGGUGUAUGCAGCUAACCGGCUAUUUCACAUCUACAUCUCCUAUUCCCAGAACUGUCACAAAACACCAUCUACUGAAAUCGAAAUCGGUGACAAGUUUGAUUUGUGGACAUCUGGACAGACUUCGCGGUGAAAUGCAACUGUUUAUGUUGUACCGCAAAGGGGAAUUACAGUGAGAACACCGCAUCCAUAACUCCGCUGCAAAGUAACUUUCUGACAGAGUGCACGCGUGCAGUUUACCUGGCGUGCCUCUUGCAUCAAGCCCUGCGUGAACAGACCGUCGGGCUGCAUUCCAGUUAACAAGAGCGGCGCUUCUGUGCUAUCUGAUUGAGGAGUUUGGCGCAUCUAAAAUAACAGGUCCUAAAAUGAGAAUGAUCAAGAUUUUGGAGGAGAUUUCUAGACCGUCUCCGCAGAGCGUUUUGCUGGUUUCCUUGACUGUCUUAGCUGUUGUGCAUGUCUGGAGAUGGUUUCAGCAAUGGGUUAGGAACACAAAGAAGGGGACAGGUCCACCUGGCCCUUUCCCUUGGCCAGUAAUCGGAAACGCCGCCCAGAUUGGCAGCACCCCACAUAUAGCAUUCACCAGGAUGGCACAGAAAUAUGGAGACGUCUUCCAAGUCAAACUAGGCAGUCGCAACGUAGUGGUCCUCAACGGCGAGAAUGCCAUCAAGCAAGCGCUCAUCAAGAAAGGGUCCGACUUUGCUGGCAGACCGGAUUUCCUCUCCUUCAAAUUGGUCUCCGGUGGAAAGAGCAUGGCAUUCGGUAGUUACUGCGACUUGUGGAAGGCGCAUAGAAGGAUCGCCCAGUCCACAGUCAGAGCGUUCUCUACCAGCAACCCGCAAACCAAAAAGGCAUUCGAGCAGCACAUUAUAAGCGAGAUCAGAGAACUGAUUUAUCUUUUUCUGAAGAAAACGAAGCAGGAGAAGUAUUUCCGACCGAGCCAGAUUCUGACUGUGGCCACCGCCAAUAUAAUAAGCGCACUGUGUUUUGGGAAGAGAUAUAGCUACGAGGACGUGGAGUUUAAGUCGGUGGUUGGCAGGAACAACCAGUUCAGUGAAACAGUAGGGGCUGGGAGCCUUGUGGACGUAAUGCCGUGGUUGCAGAGUUUUCCAAACCCAAUUAAGACUAUGUUUGGCAACUUUAAGAAUCUCAACUUAGAGUUUUUUGCAUUCAUCCAAGAUAAAGUGACCCAGCACCGUGCCACCAUUAAACCGGGGAUCAUUAGGGAUAUGACUGAUGCCUUCAUCUUGCAGCUCGACCAAGGGAAGCGUGACACCAACGGGGUUCUAUUGGGAAAAGAACAUGUGCCUCCUACUGUCAGUGACAUCUUUGGGGCGAGCCAGGACACCCUCUCCACCGCACUGCAGUGGAUAAUCCUGCUUCUCAUCCGGUUUCCUGAGAUGCAGACCAGGCUUCAGGAAGAGGUAGACAACGUUGUUGAAAGAACUCGUCUGCCGUCCAUUGAAGACAAGCCCAGUUUGCCCCAUGUCAUGGCAUUCAUCUAUGAAGCCAUGCGCUUCUCUAGUUUUGUGCCAGUCACUAUUCCCCAUUCCACUACUACUGACACCUCAGUAAAUGGCUACCACAUUCCCAAAAACACAGUUGUCUUCGUGAACCAGUGGUCAGUCAACCACGAUGCACAGAAGUGGCAUAAUCCAGAAGUCUUUGAUCCAACAAGGUUUGUGUCUGAGACUGGCGAUCUCAACAAGGACCUCACAAACAGUGUUUUAAUCUUCUCAGCUGGAAAGAGGAGAUGCAUUGGGGAAGAGCUCUCCAAAAUGCAACUUUUUCUUUAUACGGCUAUACUGGCACAUCAGUGUAACUUUAUUGCAAAUCCAGAUGAACCAAGCACACUUGACUCCUGUUACGGCCUGACUCUCAAACCGACUCCGUUCUCCAUCGCUGUAACACACAGGGGCACCAUGGAGGUCAUGGACUCUUAUGUCAAGGACCUGCAGAAGUCUGAAAACAGCAUGUAAACUAAUGUAAUGCAACUGCCUCUACAACAAAUGAAGGUAAAGAAGAAUACAUAAAUUGGUUGCUGGGUGGCCACUAAGUUUCUCUGACUUAGAUGGACAAUCAGUGAAACAUAGCAUUAUCUUGCCUUUUUACAUUACAGAUCUUAAAUGAUGUACACAACCAUUUAGAAUUAUUAAAUUGUAUUGAUUUUAUGAAUUACUGGAAUGCACUGAUGUAUUUUUCAGCAAAUACAUAAAUACACUGUACGUAAACCAAACUCCUGGAAUUCACAGAAAAAAUAAUCAAGUAUUAUCAUAAUCCCAGUAAAAUGACUGGAAGGGUUUUAUUCUCCCCAGCAUAUGAAAACACAAGCAGAAAGCACAGCUAUAAAGUAUGUUUAAACAACCCAUGCAGAUAAAAUAACAUGUCUCUGCAGACAGCAAUGUUUUUUUUCAAUUACACAAAUCAUUAUAAAAGAAACUCAAAUGAGGUUUGGAAAACCUUUGCAGUCUCUUUGUUAAACUGGAGUUGGUAUUGAUUAAACUGGUGUUCAGUUAUAACUCAGAAUAACUGGCAGUUGACUAGACCACGGGUGGCCAAAGGUGGCUCUUCCACUCCUGUUUGUUGUCCCAACACUUUCCUAAAUUGUUUAAUUGAACCAAUUAAACCUGCACCCAGACCCUGAAGUAGUUAAUUAUCAAUUUUUUACAACAGUUUCUAAUUAGCCUAUAAGGGAACUACUGCUAUGUAGCCAAAAUAACACUGGUUCCCAUCCCUAACCUAUCAAUUCCAGUUCAGAUAUUUAUUCCAACCAUGUAUUAAACUGAUUAUUUCAACUGGCUAAGGGUCAACUACGGUGACCCUGAAGUGCAAAACACAACAACAUUAAGGAAAACGCUGCAACAUUAAGAAAAACACAACAUUAAGGAAAACACAACGACAUUAAGAAAAACGCUGCAACAUUAACUUCAAACCGGAAUGGGUAGGUACAUAGGAAAAGGGGUUCCACAUCACUGAUAGGAGGAACAACCUGUCAAUCACUGUGCUGUGGAACUGUGUGAUGAACACAGUCCAUAUUAAUACAAUAUAAUUUCCCUGCGCCUUGUCCUUAAUAUCAUGUAAGGUAUAUAUAUAUAUAUAUAUAUAUAUAUAUAUAUAUAUAUAUAUAUAUAUAUAUAUAUAUAUAUAUAUAUAUAUAUAUAUAUAAUAAAUUAUAGAUAGAUAGAUAGAUAGAUAGAUAUUUGUGUGUAAAUACUCGGGAAUGGGUAAAAGCAGACCAAGUUAAACCCUGCCAGACGGGGCAUUUAACCUGCUCCAAUCAUCUUAACCAACAUCAAUCAAUUCCUCCUUGCCAGCUUACAUAAAAAAAACAUCUUUAUAUAUAUAUAUACACCCUACAUGAGAGCAAGGAUAAAGUGCUGGGAAAUUAAAUACAGUUCCACAGCACAGUGAUUGACAGGUUGUUCCUCCUAUCAGUGAUGUGGAACCCCUUUUCCUAUGUACCUACCCAUUCCGGUUUGAAGUUAAUGUUGCAGGGUUUUCCUUAAUGUCAUUGCGUUCUUCUUAAUGUCGUUGUGUUUUCCUUAAUGUUGCAGCAUUUUCCUUAAUGUUGUUGUGUUUUGCACUUCAGGGCCACCGUAGUCAACCAAUUUAUUUAGGAUUUGAUUGGAACAAAGUUCUGGACUGGAAUACACUUUCAUUGCCAGAGUUUGGAAGCACUGUUGUAUUUCAGUGCCUAUAUUGUGCUGACAGCUGUGAUAUUUUAAAAAUAUAAUUCAGCUUUUUGUCUAGCUAUAGAAAUGCGGGCUGUAAAAUAUAAUACAACGUCUGUAAAUAUGCUGCUAUUAGAUGUAGCUCACCAACACACCUUGUACAGAUUUUCGUACAUCCUAAAAAAGAUGCUAUGGAAUUUCUCUCAUUCUGAAUACAAGCAAAAAACAAGAACCUCAGGUGUUCAAAAACUGCAAAACUCAACUUAGCUUGUCCAACUACUGUGAACUACUGUAAAAAAAAAAAAAAAAAAAAUCAUUAUCAUCAUCAUGUUUCCAGUUUAGAUCUAUAUUGGAUCAACUUGUACUGUUUAU